AUGUACUUCAUCAGCGCAUUGAUCUUGGCGCUUCGGUCAGAAGAGGUAGGACUUGCCGUUCAAGCUGCGGAAGGGCUUCUGCACGAUCCAGUUCUGGGAAAUGGAUACUUAUCGGAUCCACCCUGUAUCCGAAUGUAUUCACCUGUAGGUCGAGAUAAAGAUGAACUGACCUUGUAUAAGUAUCUUUGGGGAACGAAUAGUGUGGAGUCAGGUGUGCACCAAGCAGUGAGUAGAAAGUUUGGUUGUAAGAUAGCUCAACUCAAGAAGCGCGCUGCUGUGCACAAAUCUAUAACCGAGAAUCAACGGGACGUCAGCAGUCUUCACCGAGAGCUACUGAGUGAUACUGUUUCUGAGGAGGUCACUAAAGCGUCAAAUCUUGAAUAUGCACAAGCACAUAGACUUGAGGAAGCGAAUCCUUCCAUACCGGAUCCGGGGCUUACAGUUAGUGACAUUGAUGUAAACUUUUUGCCACCCCUUGGCCAGGCUCACGGUACUAGCCAGUUACCCAGACCCGUUGCAACGGAGAAACCAGUUCCUGGUGGAAUUCGGACUGGUAUGAAAGGCAAGAGUGCUAGACAUUAUAUGUCAGUAAUACUCACACCUGAUAACAAUUUAGCUCCAGACCCUGUGCAAACACAGCCUCCUAUGCAAACACAGCAAUCUCAAACAAUUAUACCAUUUAGCAGUCAAGCACCGCAGCUGCACUAUCAUCCUAACAUAUGA